GAUUAAGAAACCAUCGGAUAAGGUGUCGUCGACGUGCGGAUGUCUCCCUACUCAGCGGCGCAAAGGGGAAGGUCCACAUGGAAGGAAAUGAAACCUGGAGAACUUAUACGGAUACAACCUGCACCUUCACAUAAGGUCUUAGCAAUUCACACAGAAUUGUCGGAGAGACGCAGUCACGAAUCACGAUGAGCCCGGGGUCAGAUUCCGAUGAAGCCAUGACAGCCGAGGAGAUUCAGGCCGCAGCUCCGGAAAGCAAGAAGCUCAACGCCUGUGAGCAAUUUCGCUCCCUAGUUAGGCGAUACCCUGGGCGCUGCUGACCCGGCUCCCUCUCGACAUAACUAGUUUCGGAGUUGAUGAAACCCAAGCCGAAAGCUGAAAAGCCGGUCGCGUCAACCUCGUCUUCCCGGUCCUCUCGCUUCAGUUCCAUCCGGGAUGGUCUGGGCCUCUACCUAGAGAACCCCGCCUCCCACCCUUCCUCGCGCGUGAUAUACUACAACGACGACUUCGUGGCGAUCCACGACCUCUAUCCUAAAUCGAGUGUCCACACCCUACUGCUCCCGCGGUCGCCCAAGCACAACCUGCUGCACCCGUUCGAGGCCUUCCAAGACCCGGAAUUCCUCGCUUCGGUACAGCAGGAGACCCGCAAACUCCGGGACCUCGUCGCAACCGAGCUUCGUCGUCGGUUCGGCCAGGAAAGCGCUACCGAUGCGCUGCGCGAGGCGGUGCUCAACGGCGACGCCGAACCAGACGAAGACGUCGACGGUGGCGGCCUGCCUCCCGGCCGGGAUUGGGCUUCCGAGGUCAGGGCCGGCAUACACGCCCAUCCGAGCAUGAAUCACCUCCACAUCCACGUCUUCUCGCGCGACAUGCACUCCAACUGCGUCAAGCACCGCAAGCACUAUAACUCCUUCAACACUCCGUUCCUCAUAGACGUGGAAGAUUUCCCCCUCGCCGGCAAUGACCCUCGAUUACACCCCGGACGCGAGGGGUACCUGAAGAAGGACUUCAUCUGCUGGAGGUGUAAAAAGAACUUUAAGAAUCAGUUUCAACAGCUCAAAGCGCACCUGGACGUUGAGUUUGAGGAAUGGAAAAAGGAAUAAUGUCCACCGUAUGGCUGUGCAGGAAACCAGGAGCCUCCUAAGGUGUUGCGAGCAGACGAGAGGCCGUCACGGAAUCUCAGCGCAAGAUUGCAUAACUUUGGAGGAGCUGCCCAUUCGCAACCAAGUCUGCGAGAUAGCAUCACAGGUAUCCUCUAAUAUCCUCCGCAUUAAGAGGCAAACUUGAUCUUGAUAAGUACAAUUCGUAUUGAUGGAGACUGGCGGGCCACGCUUUGAUAUCCCAUUGGCGUCAUACCUAAGCACCGGACUACAAACCUGGUGUGAAAGCAAAAGCAAAAGAAAAAGAAAAAGAAAAGAAUAAAAAAGGGGGGAAAGUACAAUCUCAAGCAAUACUCGCGAAACGCCACGCCCUUGCCGCCUGCCGUUGCCAGAGUUCACCCAUAAUAGAGCCUGAAAGAUACAACACGAUACGUAAUAGAAGCCGGUAAUCAU